AAAAGACUGAAAAUAUAUCGAAUUAAGAUCUUCAGAGUCCAUUUUGCAAAAUAAAAUAAAGAUAGACUCAAUGACGGUUUAAGUUCUUGGCGGCGUUUGGCUUAACUAGCCGCCCGCCUAAAUUUAGUGAACAUAAGCGCCAGCCUUGAGAUGCCAUUUCGCAUCUUCACGACAGAUUAUUAUUAGUUACUGAUUGGCAGAUAGGACAACAACACAGAGCCAGCGAAGUACGAAGAAUGAAAUAGACUUGGUGUGCGAAUGUCUUACACAUUCACAUCCUUCGCCAAAAAUGCCAUGAUACGUACAAAUCUAGCAGCCAAUGGCCCAGUAUUCUACCCUUUCCAUCCGAUAACCACACUUGCCUCUGCUAUGGUGGACGCCGAAACACAAGCACAGGACAUUACAUUCACAAAACAAACUCCCCAUCAUGGCCUCAGAGACGACGCGGGGUAAGAGGAAACGUCCUUCAUCACGACCCCAGAGACGAAACCCUGGAAACAGUACCGCCGCAUCGAAACUGGCUAGAAAGAAACAGCGCGUCUCCAAUUCUGACUUAGCUGGAGGAGGAACUGGGACCCGUCUACCCCGGGAGCUGCGCAGAGCGCUAGAGAAGCAGAAUGCUGCCAAAGAAAAGCUUGGGGAUUCGUCGUUGGAAGCUAUCCGCACAGAAUCUGAAGGGCCCCCGCCUGACUACGUCUUUGUCCCGAAGGGAGACGUCUACAUCACACGCAACUGCCGCAGCCUCUCCCACGAGGCAAAACAGACCGUGUAUACAGUCUAUAACCCAAAAACCCAGCGCACCCUCGGCCUCUACAUCCCCUCUCAAAUCCACGACACCGUAACCAAAGCCGCCGCCAACACCCUCCCCGCUCGCGCCCGCGCCGUCGCCCAAAAGGACGCACGCGACACCUCGAAAGCCCGCGCACUGCUCCGCGCCCAAUUCCCCGCCAUGCCCGCCGAGACGCUGGAGACGGUGCUGGGCCACGCGUUUCUGAAGGGCUCGCGGCGCGUGGGGAGGAGUGGGAAGGUGGCCAGCGAGGAGGUUAAGGUUGGCUUGGCGGUUGAUGCGCAUAUUCGGCAUGUGCAUACGGAGUAUGAGAGGUUGUUGCGGGAUGGGGUGGAGAGGGAGGAGGCGCGGGAGAGGGUGUGGGGCGCUGUGAGAAGGGUUAGGGAGCUUUGGGAGGGGAAGCGGGAGGUGGAGGUGGAGGCUGCUUCGAAGAGUGGUGCGAUGAAGAAACCGAGGGCGAGGGCGAGGGCCAGGGCGGGAGGGAGGGUCGGGUGAGUGAUGACCAUAGAUUGCCUUGACCUGUCUGAAUCUUCGUUCGCCAUGCCCGGGAUAUUUACCAUAACACUCCGAAAUCUCCGUAACUGGCUGAGGAUAUGGGGACCUCGCACCAGCGUCUACUUACGGCCUUGCUAUUCAGCCACCUCUAUUGAAUUUGGGCACCAAGAAGGUUUGAUGGAAUGUAUAUCAGCAAGAACUAGAAUUGGGAGCCUGGAUGUAGGGUAAAUUGCACCACUGUGAGGCGACAAGUGCAGGUCUACUGGUUAGAUUUUUCAUACAUGUUAAGUGAUUGGACAUUUUGCAGUAGAUAGAUAGCUGGUCGAAAAUCGCUACUUAGCGAUUCUCCCUUGGGUAGCUACGACCGCAUCUUAAAGCCCUAGAAGACCAAUAUUAGAGGAUGUCUCAUAAGCACUCUAUACUAUAUCUAAAUUCUCUCAUCCGCAAAAUAUCCAGCCUCGCCCGUAUAACUCAGUUAACAGCGAAAUUUCCAGAAUGGAAAAUGAAAGGAGGCAAGAGAGCACGCUUUGAGUGUUGAUAUUAAGUUACAUAGCAUAAUGAAUAUAUCGUUGAUAACCUAGUUAGUAGUGAACUGAAAGUCUUCAGCUCUGAUAAAGGCAUUCCUGG